AUGGCCCCCUCAUCCCUGCCGUACCACGAGCCCCCGCUCACGUACACCCUCGUGCUCGCCUCCUUCCUGCUGGCCCUCAAUAUGGUCAACGCCGUCCUCGACCGCGCGCUGUACUGCGGGCUCGUGGGGCAGGUGCUGGUCGGCACGGCGUGGGGCGCGCCGGGCGCGCGCUGGCUCUCUUCUGACGCUGGCGCUGGGGUGCAGGAGGCCGUCGUCGGGCUAGGGUAUCUGGGCUUGGUGCUUGUUGUUUUUGAGGGCGGGCUCGCUACGGAUGUGCGGAGGCUGUGGAAGGAUCUGGGGCUCGCGGUGGGCGUCGCGGGGACGGGGGUGGUGAUGCCGAUGGGGUUUAGUUUUGUUUUGGGGAAGUUGGGGGGCGCGAGUGGGUUGCAGUCCUUCGCUGCCGGCGCAGCGCUGUGCUCCACGAGUCUGGGCACGACGUUCACGGUGCUCAGCACGAGCGGGCUUUCCGCCACGCGGCUCGGCAGCGUGCUGAGCACGGCGGCUAUGAUGGAUGAUGUCGUCGGUCUGGUCAUGGUGCAGAUCAUCAGCAGUCUUGGGGAGGGCGCUGGGAGUGGUGGUGCGGAGGAGAUCGCGCCUACGACGGUCGUUAGGCCUGUCUUUGUAUCGCUUGCGUUUGCGGUUGCAGUUCCGGUGGUGUGCCGGUUCUUGCUUCGGCCGGGCUUGCGGGUGCUUGAUCGUAAGAGAGGGAAGGAUGGCGGGAAGGGUGGAAAGGGGGAGGCGAGGGUCUGGCGGGUUUUCAGGAUGAAAGAGGCGGCUUUCGUGGUGCAGACGCUCCUGCUGAUCGCGCUUGUGGUCGCCGCGAGCUAUGCGGGCGUGUCGGUGCUGCUGGCGGCUUAUAUCGCUGGCGUCCUGGUGAGUUGGUGGGAUGCGCAGCGUGGUGGUGACGAUGAAAAGCCUGCGAGCGCUUGUGUUCCUGGGCAAGAGGUCACGUCUGCGAGUGGAGAUCGAGAGACUCGACUCCCUGAAGAUGCUGUUACUCCUGAAACUCCCGGCUCGGCAACAGCGACAGCGCAACCCGUAUCCAAGAUCUCGCGGUAUACUGGGCACGAGAUAUAUGAGCUCUACUAUUCGCAGGCUGAGAAUCGCGUUCUCAAGCCUUUCUUCUUUGCAUCCAUUGGAUUCUCCAUCCCGGUAUCCAAGAUGUUCUCCGGGGAGGUCAUCUGGCGUGGCAUGAUUUACACGGUGCUCAUGAUGGUCGGCAAGCUUCUUUGCGGGUUGUGGCUUGUACGGCUCCCGGUGUCUAUGGGCAGCCUGGGAAAGGUGUUCCGCUCAUUCGUCGCGUCUCGGUAUCACGAAAUCUCCUCUAGGAUUCGGCCUCGGAGCUCCAAGUCGAAGCCAAAGCCGGCGGCUGCUCAUGGUCACGGUCUUGCUUCUCAACCUGGCGCAGCCUCGCCCGAAGCCACGGAGAUGAGCUCAACGCAGACAACCGACGCAACAGCGCCGCCGGACCCAACGGCAGAAGGAGAACGGCACGCACCGAAGCUGCCUGCCAAGCCCGUCUCCCUCUACCCGUCUGCGAUCAUGGCCUUCGCCAUGGUAGCCCGCGGUGAGAUCGGGUUUCUGAUCUCUUCUGUGGCCGAGAGUAAGGGCAUAUUCCGCAGAGCAGACGAAAGCGAGUCGGACGCUUCAGAGCUUUUUUUGAUUGUGACUUGGGCCAUAUUCCUCUGCACGAUCGUAGGCCCGCUGUGUGUUGGACUGUUGGUUAAGAGGGUCAAGAAGCUUGAGAAGGCUAGUGUUGGCCCGAGGGGGGCUCGGAAUGUCCUUGGGGCUUGGGGUGUUCAGUAG